CAAGUCAAUGCCCGCUGCAGUGUUGGUUGAUGAUGGCUGUUGGCAGAGUUCCAUUUCUACUCUCCAAUGGCCUCCUGUCUGUCUUUUUCUACCUGCCAUUUUUCCUUCCAUCCCCAUCUUCUACUUCUACCUUACUCCAUUUUCAACACUCUCUCUUUAUUACACCAUGUAUUUCCUCUGCAUCCACGACGAUGAACAAACGCACGUAAAAACCACUGCCCACCAAACCCCAUUUAAAAAAACACGAAAAAGAAAAUUAAAAAUUAAAAAUAGGGAAAACCCCAAAUCCCGGAAAUCCCUCCAGCUGCUGGAGCCGGUAGAUGAUCAGUUUCUUCAAUCUUCUUCUUCAAUAUUGAAAUCGGGCAUUCGAUUCUUGUGCUGAGGAAAAUAUGGGAGCGCGAUGCUCGAAGGCGACUCCAUCCCCAAAUCCAUAUGCAGGCAGAAGCACUGAUCAGGAGAAAUUGAACCAUCAAGGGCAGAUGCAGGUGCAGAGGGACACCAGUAAGGUUGUGGCAGCUCCAGCAACAAUGGAGGAAUCUGAAGAGAAGACAAUGGCGGCUAAGGAAUCCGAGGAUAACCCAAUGCUUAAUAAGGAAUCGUCGACUGGCUAUGCUAAUGUUAGUGACGAUGAAUUCUACGAUGGGAUUCCCAGGUACCAGAGGAGUUCAUACAGGAAAUCUAGAUCCUUGUCACGCUCAAAGGUUGCAGAAGUGAGUAUACGGCUAGGCAGCGUCGGGCUUGGAAGGGCCGUGGAUGUUUUAGACAUACUCGGGAGUAGUGUCUCAAAUUUGAACAUUAAGAGUGGUUUUGUGUCGGGGGCAACAACCAAAAACAGCGAACUUUCCAUCUUAGCAUUCGAAGUUGCAAAUACAAUCGUUAAGGGUUCAAAUCUUAUGCAAUCACUUUCGAAGCGAAACAUUCGCCACUUAAAAGAAGUAGUGCUGCCUGCAGUAGGCGUGCAAAAGCUAAUAUCCGAUGAUAUCGAUGAACUUCUAAGUAUUGUUGCUGCAGACAAAAGAGAGGAACUGAAAGUUUUCGCGGGAGAAGUGAUUCGGUUUGGAAACAGAUGUAAAGAUCCUCAAUGGCACAACUUGGACAGAUUCUUCGAGAAACGAAGUAGAGAUCGAACACCUCAGGCGCAGCUGAGGGAAACAGCUGAAUCUGUGAUGCUGCAGCUAAUGACCUCUGUUCAACAUACAGCCGAGCUAUACCAGGAACUCCAUGUAUUGGACAAACUCGAAGACAAUUUUAAGCUUAAGCGGCUAGAGUCGCUUAAAUUCAAUUCCUCGUAUGAUGGGGACAGGGACAACAGCCUAAGCAUUUUGUCUGCGGAACUGAAAAGCCAAAGGAAGGUAGUGAAGAACUUAAAGAAAAAGUCGAUGUGGUCGAGAAGCUUGGAAGAGGUAACCCCCUCUCAUGAAAAUGUUAUGGAGAAGCUUGUCGACAUUGUUCUGUUUUUGAAUCAAGAAAUAGGCUACACAUUUGGCAACACAGGUGAAGCUGAGACGACGAAGAAAAGAAUCGCAAAUGAUCAACAAACAUUAGGCCCGGCCGGGCUUGCGCUACACUACGCUAACAUCGUUCUUCUGAUCGACUCAAUUGUAGCCCGUUCGAGUUCAAUACCUAUGAAUUCCCGAGAUGUGCUCUAUCAGAGCUUACCGCCGAAUCUUAAAAACUCUUUACGAACAAAAAUGCAGUCUUUCCACGUCGAGAAAGAGCUCGCCGUUGCAGAAAUCAAAGACGAGAUGGAAAAGACGUUGCAUUGGCUUGUGCAAAUCGCGACAAACACAGCCAAAGCUCAUCAUGGCUUUGGUUGGGUCGGUGAGUGGGCGAACGCCACCGGGUCUGAAUUGAAUCGGAGGACAUCGAGCUCUAACGACGUCAUGCGAAUCGAGACACUCCACCACGCGGACAAGCGAAAGACGGAUUACUACAUUCUCGAUCUUCUCCUAUGGCUUAACUAUUUGAUCAUUCGAUCCAAAUCGAGCGUGCAUCGGCGCAGCAUUUUGAGGUCGUCGCUCAGAUCCCCGGCUGCUCCUUCGAAGAAAUUCAAUCAGCUGCCCGUUGCAGAAGGGACGACGAGUUCAUCCAAUUCGAGCCACGCAAGUCCAGGCGUGAUCAAAAAAUUAAGCAAUGGUGGCGACUCUGGAGACGGAGAAAUCGAUCCGGGAAGAAGGCAACAACUGUGAAGUCGAUGAUGCAUAUCUUCAUCUCGAAUGUGGCUUUGAGGAAUUCGAUGGAUGCCAUUGUUGGAGCUUUAGAACUCAUUGAUGAGUAUGUAAUGCCACACUUGAAGAUGAUAUAGCUGUUUGUGUUGAAUGAGUUUAGCUUUUGAGGAAUGAUUAUAAAAAGUAAAAUAAAAAUAAA